AUGAGCAAGCCAAAACCUAGGGCACCCGCAACUCAGAUCACCGGCGUUUACAAGGCGGAUUCAGUUCGAGAUGUGGCAGAGUCCCUUGGUAUUUCCAACUUGUCGGAGCCCAUUGGAUCUGCCCUAGCCAGCGAUGUGGAAUAUAGGAUUCAUCAGGUGGUCGAGGAAGCUUCGCGUUUCAUGAGACACGCGCGCCGAACAACGAUGACCACGUCUGACAUCGAUCAAGCACUACGCGUCCUGAACAUCGAACCUCUCUACGGGCACUCGUCCUACAACACCCCCACAUUCCGACGUGCCCCUCCAUUCCCUCAGCUCCCACAGUCCGGUACCGUAUACUUCGUCGAGGAUGAGGAGAUUGACUUCGAGCGUGUUAUCCGUGAGGAGAAGCUCGUUCUGCCUAAACCCGUGAACUGGACCGCGCACUGGCUUGCCGUGGAAGGGGUCCAGCCUCGGAUACCGGAGAAUCCCCCCGCUAUUCCUAAAGAUAAUGACAUGGACGCGACAGUCAAGCUCGAAAAUGGCGUCAUAUCGACGCUUCUACCGCCUACACCCUCGUCGCCCGGCCGACCUACUGCGGCAAAGAAACCACAACAGCCACUUGUCAAACAAGUUCUUUCAAGAGAACUGCAGUUGUACUAUACGCGUCUUACAUCGUCGCUCUUACCGCCCGUGCCUUCCGAACACGCGAAGCGGGCAGCAGCGUUGGCAAGUUUAAGGCAUGAUGCAGGGCUGCAGCCGUUGCUGCCGUAUCUUAUACAAUGGGUUGGGGAGGGCGUAGUAGGAUCACUGAAAGAAGGCGCGACAAGUGAGCAGGAUGGCAGGGUGCUGGAAGUAUUGCUGGAUGUGACAGCAGCUCUACUGGAUAACCAGUCGAUGCUCGUGGAACCAUACUUGCACCAAGUACUGCCGCCAGUCCUAUCUAUCCUCCUCAAUUCCACGCUACCCCCUUCACACGCAACCCACCUUCGAACACUAUCUUCCCAAAUACUCUCCCACAUCUUGACAUCACAUUCAACGACAUAUCCGUCCCUCUCCCCUCGUAUAAUGAAAGCACUUCUCCUGGCCCUCAUCUCUCCAGGGAAGAGCAAGGGCACGAGAGAAGGUGCUAUACGCGGCCUAAUAUCCAUCGGGAAAGAAGCCGUUCGGAAAGGUCUUAUCGAAGGUGGAGGGGCGAGGAUCAUAGGAAGUGAGUACGGCUCUGACGAGGGUAGUUCGCCGAUCGCCGCUGUCCUGGAUGCAUUCCGGACGCUGCAGGAACCUUCAGAAGAUCCUGUUCCAUUGGAUGGUCAAAACUCGGCAGAUAACGCUGUGCUGUCGCAGUUGCAUGAGGUGCUGGGCGACUUCUUUGCUAAGAAGUUGGAGAAGGAUGCGGCUUGGGCAAGAGGCGUGUUGGGGGUGUUGCCCACGACAUAGCAGGUACCGUUUCGCAUUGUCACGUACCUCGAUUCAGUUUGUUGUCCAUGUACUCCUCGUUGCUUUCGGCCUGGGCAAUCGAUUCGCGUUGCUGCUGC